AAAUCAUAUGUUGAAAUGAUUAGACAAUUAUAUCGAAAGAAAACCCCUUUUUUAAAAAGAUGGCCAAGGUUGAUCAAUUGGAAUUUCCAACCAUGAAAAUGAUUAUAAUUGAUUAGAUCAUAAUAUAGAUGUUGAUGAUUAUUGAAAAAUUUAAUGUAAAAUCCCUCUAAUUACAGUAGCAAUAUUUUACGAAUUACAAUGUUUCUUGAUUGAUUUAAAAAAUUUAUAUAUAUUCGAAUUCGAUACUAUCGAUUAUUGUUUCGUAUAAUCACGUGAGUGACGCCGAUUAUUGAUUUGGCACAUUUUAAAUAAAAAAUAAACAAUUUUCUGAAGCAUGGCCUCAAAUAAUGAUGAUCAUUUAAUGAUUCUAUCGAAUUUGAAUCGUAGCUCUGGAUCAUCAUUAUAUACUUUUGGUGAUAAUAUUGUCCAAUGUUCAUUGUUCGGACCGAAUCCAAUCACUUCGAGUCAGAAUUUAUUAAAAAAAAAUUAUUUUGUCAUUUUACUUUAUCCAUUGGGUCAGAUUAAAAAUCUAACCAAAGAUAAAUCCUUGUUUUACUAUGAAUUCUUUUUUAAAAGGACAUUUAGCCCAAUGGUCUAUCAUGCAUUAUUACCUCGUUCUCGUACAUACAUCAUAUUGAAUGAAAUUGAAAAAGGAAGUUCAUUCUUAUCUACAUCAUUGAAUGCAAUCACAUUAUCAUUGAUCGAUUCUGGAUAUCCAUUAAAUUAUUGUAUUGGUACAUGUGGUCUAAUUUUGGACAAAAGGGAUAAGAAAAUUUAUCAAGAAAAAGAAUUCAUAGAGAAAUGUACGAAAAAUGUUCGUUCAUAUGAACCAAUCACAUUUACAUUCGAAACAUGUGACUUUAUCAAAGCCAAAUUUCAUAUAUCGAAUAAGAAUACCGAUUCAAAAACCGUAUCAAUUUUAGCUGAAGGUAAAUUCUCCUUGAACGAUGUAUUCAAAGCUCAAGAACAAUCAUUGGAUUGGACGGCAUCAUUUCUUAAAUCGACAUCACAAAAAAUAAGCAAACGUUUUGUUUAAUGUUUUUUUUUAUAAAUUUGUAUCAAAUUUAUUUUUUCAUGAAAUAAAAUGUUUUAAAACAAUUUACAAAAUUAUUGUAAU